CCGCCGCCGUAGGAUGAAGCAGCAUGAGGAUGUGUGACAGAGGCGUCCAGAUGCUCAUCACCACGGUGGGAGCCUUCGCAGCCUUCAGCCUGAUGACCAUCGCCGUGGGCACCGACUACUGGCUCUACUCGCGCGGCGUGUGCAGGACUAAGUCCACGAGCGACAACGACACGAGCCGCAAGAACGAGGAGGUGAUGACCCACUCGGGGCUCUGGAGGACGUGCUGCCUGGAAGGAACCUUCCGAGGAGUGUGCAAGAAAAUCGACCACUUCCCCGAGGAUGCGGAUUACGAGCAAGACACGGCCGAGUAUCUCCUCCGUGCAGUGAGAGCAUCCAGCAUCUUCCCCAUCCUCAGCGUGGGUCUGCUGUUCUUCGGAGGCCUGUGCGUGGCGGCCAGCGAGUUCUACAAGAGCAAACACAACGUCAUCCUCAGCGCCGGCAUCUUCUUUGUCUCUGCAGGUCUCAGCAACAUCAUCGGGAUCAUAGUCUACAUCUCGGCCAACGCGGGGGACCCGGGGCAGAGCGACUCCAAGAAGAGCUACUCCUACGGCUGGUCCUUCUACUUCGGAGCCCUGUCCUUCAUCAUCGCCGAGAUGGUGGGGGUGAUCGCUGUGCACAUGUACAUCGAGAAGCACCGCCAGAUCCGCGCCAAGUCCCACUCGGAGCUGCUGAAGAAGUCGGCCUUCACCCGCCUCCCCCCCUACAGGUACCGCUUCCGCCGGCGGUCCAGCUCCCGCUCCACCGAGCCCCGGUCCCGGGACAUGUCACCCGUCAGCAAGGGGUUCAGCACCAUCCCCUCCACCGACAUCUCCAUGUUCACCCUCUCCAGGGAUCCCUCCAAGGUCACCAUGGGGACGCUGCUCAACUCGGAGCGGGACCACGGUUUUUUACAGGUCCAUAACUCCAUCCCCAAAGAGUUCAAGGAGUCUUUGCACAACAACCCGGCCAACAGACGAACCACGCCGGUCUGAGGCGGGCAGGGGCGUUUUGUCAGGCUGCAUGACAUCAUCCUCGUGACGGUGUAACCCGUGAAAUCCCGUUUUUAAGGACAAAUCCAGAUGGCUCCCCGUGCCCCUACCCGCGGGGCUGGUUUUUCACUCCCGAAAUGCCACUGGCCGGGCCAGGCCACUGCGCCCACGGUGGGACCGGGACCCCCGC